AUGGAAGAUGAUGUUUGGUUAACAUUAAAAGUCGGAGAUUCUCAGUUACUAGCUUACCAAGGUUUUCUUUCUUCGUCUUCGUCUUCGUCUUCAUCUUCGUCUUCAUCUCCGUCUCUGCCUCCAUCUUCUGACAAGGACAAGAAAAAAUACGAUUUUUGGAUUUCAUAUGGUUUGUGGGAAAUCGAUGUUGAGGCCACUCCCCCAAAUUUAGAGGAUCGUCCUCUUUCACACCUUGAAGCAUGUGGCUCGGAUCGUGCCGACCAAAAUAUUCUUCACUCUGAUGUCGUCAUAGCGACUGCGGUUGUUGAAGAAGAAAGAGCUGAUAUGAGCCCACUAUUUUUAACUAGUUUAGAUCUCGUCAUUCUAACUGACGCGGAGUAUUUGGUAUUAUUUACCCAAAAUUCUGAUUCCGAGUCCGCAAGUGCCUCACCAAGUGCCUCUACAAGUGUAUCUACAAGUCACUCUACAAGUGCCUCUGCAAGUGCCUCUGCAAGUGCCUCUUCAGGUUCCUCUGCAAGUGCAUCUGUUGCCUCCAGUAGGCCUGUCCUUGAAGCAGUUUGA